CCAUCCUGUCAGCCUACUAGACACCAUGUGACUGUUGGAGGGCUGCGUGCCCAUUUUAAAGGUGGAGAGGUUGAGGCCCAGAGAAGGUCCUUUUCCUGCCUAACACGUCACACGACUAGUGAGGGCGGUCCCAGGGUGGGAGCUGGAGACCUGUCAGGAUGCGCCCUGAGGCCCGGAGAGCCUGACACCAAUGAAACAGCGCUUAGAGAUCUUGAGCCAAGGCCCCCCUGGGAUGUGCCGAGAUGUCCGACUUGCCCCUUAGGGAAAGGUGCUUGGAGAUCCUUCCAUGCCACCGCACCUACUUGACAGGGAAACUGAGGGGCCUCGAAGCUGCGGGUGGGGGAAGAAUCAGGGAAAACAGGGGGCCCAGGGACUGGCCGAAGCCCAGAGAGGGCCAGGGUCCUGCCCAAGGUCACACAGCACGGUCCGGCACUCGCCCUCCUGCUCUGGGUUCCUGACGUCAUCGCAGCCCAGCCUCCGAAGCCCGACGGGAAGUGAUGGCACUGGCUUGGCUUCGGGCCUGGGAGGCCUGAGGCCCCCAAGAUGGCACCCGCUCCGGCUUCACUGCCCACAGCCAAGAUGGUGCCCACUGAGCUCUCAGCUCUUUGAGCCUAGAGCGGCAGCGAGGCGGGAUGUUCCAGAUGCUUCUGCCCUUAGCUAAGAUGGCACUGAGGCCACGCCCCCAUCGCCUGCUCCCGCCCUCGUCAAAGAUGGCUGCCAACUCCAUUCUGCUUCUGUGCAGGCGCAACGUCUGAGAAGAGGAGGGGGAGCUCUGGGGGGGGGGCAGGGAAGGAAAGGGGACCCGGAAGUGGAGGGGCCCCCCCGGGUGGAAGUGACGCCACCCCCGCGGCCCAAAAUGUCGGCGCCCAGAGGGAGGUAGAUGCCCCAGGCAGGGCACUUGUGGACUCCCAGCCAUGGAGGACAGCGGUGUGGAUGGUCCCCUCCCUGCGGCCGGCCCGGCCCCGGCCCCGGCCCCUCCAGUGGCCCCCCGGGUGCCCUUCCACUGCAGCGAGUGCGGGAAGAGCUUCCGCUACCGCUCGGACCUGCGGCGCCACUUUGCGCGGCACACGGCUCUCAAGCCCCACGCGUGCCCGAGAUGCGGCAAGGGCUUCAAGCAUAGCUUCAACCUGGCCAACCACCUGCGCUCACACACCGGGGAGCGUCCCUACCGCUGCUCAGCCUGCCCUAAGGGCUUCCGCGACUCCACGGGCCUCCUCCACCACCAGGUGGUCCACACGGGUGAAAAGCCGUAUUGUUGCCUGAUCUGUGAGCUUCGUUUCUCCUCCCGCUCCAGCCUGGGUCGUCACCUGAAACGGCAGCACAGGGGGAUGGCCCCACCGACACCUGCAGGCUUGGGCCCGUCUGGCUUGGUCCCAGGCCUCCUUCCUACCUUGGGGCCCCCAGGUAGCCUCUCAGUUCCAGGCCCAUCCUGUAGUGCCUGCUCUGAUGAAGGCCCCUGCAUGGCCUGUGGGGGUGGCCCAGAACCCCCUGGUCCUGGGCCAGGGUCCUGGGUGGGCGGCUGGGGGACCGGUGGGACAGGCCCCUUUGUUUGUGGGGCCUGUGGCCGCUGCUUCCUGGCGGGGGCUGAGCUGGCUUCCCAUUGGGCUGCCCACACAGAUGUGAAACCCUUCAAGUGCCCCCGUUGUGAGCGAGAUUUCAAUGCCCCAGCCCUGUUGGAGCGCCACAAGCUCACCCAUGAUCUCCAGGGCUCCUGGCCUGGGCCUGAGGGCAGGGAGGGGGGGUUGGAGGCUCCUGAGAGGUCCCAGGAGCUGCCCUCUGAGGGGCCCCAGGAGUUCCCCUCUGAGGAUUUGCAGGAGUUUCCUGAAGAGGGGCCCCAGGAGUUUCCCUCUGAGGGGUCCCAUGAGUUCCUUUCUGAGGAGCCCCAGGAGUUCCCCGAAGAGGAGCCCCAGGAGUUCCCUGAAGAAGAGCUCAAUGAGUUCCGCCCUGAGGAGUCCCAGGAGUUCCUCUCGGAGGGGCCCCAGGAGUUCCCUCUGGAGAUACCCCCAGAGGCAUCCCAGGAGGCCCCUGUGGAGAUAGCGGAGGAAGUAUGCCAGGAGUUACCGGGGGAAGUGCCCAUAGAGGUAUGCCAGGAGUUACCUGGGGAGGAAUCCCAGGAGGGGCCCCCUGAUCCAGACCUGGAGGCCCCGUUCCCCGUGGCCGCUGAGCUGGGCGAGGCCUCGGAGGAGACCCUGUACCAGUGCGACUGCGGGACCUUCUUUGCCUCAGCCGCAGCCCUGGCUGCCCACCUGGAUGCCCACUCCGGCCCGGCUUCCUGCGUCUGUGGGGUGUGCGGGGCGGUCUAUGGGGCGGUGGCAGCCCUGGAGGAGCACCACCAUGGGAGCCAUGGGGCUGGGCCUUCUCCGGGGGGCCCCCCAGCUGGCUCUGGCCGCACCCCAGCAGCUCUGGCGGCAGCAGCUGCCGGGAAGAAGGUAUUCAGCUGCUCUGAGUGUGAGAAGCUCUUCCGUUCCCCGAGGGACCUGGAGAGGCAUGUGCUGGUCCACACUGGGGAGAAGCCCUUCCCAUGCCUGGAGUGUGGCAAGUUCUUCCGGCAUGAGUGCUACCUCAAGCGUCACCGGCUGCUGCAUGGGCCUGAGCGGCCCUUCCCCUGCCAUGUCUGUGGCAAGGGCUUCAUCACACUUAGCAACCUCUCCCGUCACCUGAAGCUACACCGAGGGAUGGACUGAGCAGUCCCCUGUCCUGGAGAGCCUCCUGGCCUGAGUGGGACCAAGGGAACCUUGGAAUUGGAGGGGGAGAGGGCUCCUGGUCUGGAGGGACCCCAAAGAUGGAGGUUGGGGCCCCUGAGACUCCCGAGCAUGAGGGUAGAGCCCCAGCACUGAGGACAGGGACAUUGGCCCCAGGGAGGGAAAUUGAGUACUGAGAAAAAGCCUUGGGACCCAGCCCUGGGUCAGGGAAGACCCCAAGGCCCCAGCCCCAGGCAGAGCCUCCUGUCCUUUGAGAGCCCUGGAACACAGCCAGCUGGCACUCAGCCUUGCCUUCUUCACUCUCCAGGAAGGGCCCUUCAACCCAACCCAACCCCUGAAGGAGGGAGAAUGGGACAGGGACCCUAGAGAAGGGGCUGAGCCUGGUGUCCCUGCCUGCCCACCCCCUAUGCCCUCAGAACUACUGUGGGCUGUGCUCUCUGACACCCUCCUCAUGCAAGGUGGACUAGACUGACCCUGCUGCACCCCUCUUUCCCCAAGGUGGACUGCUCUGAAUGGACAGAACCAAUCCGGAUAAGGCUUUCACCUCAUUCCCCCUUCCCCCAUGGACCAGUCUAGAGUCUGUCUCCCUCACCCCCUUAGAAUGAAUUAACCGACUUUGUCCUUUCUGUAGAAUGUGGACUGGUUCACAACCCCACUGCUCUCCCUUUUCCCCCAUGCCUCCCACUCCCAUCCUUCCCACGGGGAAUGGGCUUCCUCCCAGCCUGGGACUAUCCCCUGCCUCCUCUGUGGGUUUUGGGUCUCUCUCUGUCUUUCCCGUUUGUGUCUGUCUCUGUGUCUCCCCCGAGGCCGGUCCCCGAGGACAGGGUGACUCAUCUGGAGGUCCUCAUGUGAGAGCAUCUGCUUGUCUCCUCUCCUUCCCCAUGUCCUCAGGACCCUUAAUAAACUGGCCUGAUACUUA